GUUUCUUUUCAUAAAAAAAAAGAGUUCUUUCUUAUUCAAUAGCACUUUCACUUUAGUCCACGAAAUGUCUUUAGCUCCUGUCAAUAUUUUCCAAGAUCAAGCAACCGAAGAAAGGGCCGAAAACGCUCGUUUGUCGUCAUUUAUUGGUGCCAUUGCAGUAGGUGAUCUCGUCAAGAGUACACUAGGACCUAAGGGCAUGGACAAAAUUCUUCAAUCAGCCAGCACUGGCGAGAUCUUGGUCACCAACGACGGUGCUACCAUCUUGAAAUCCAUUGCUUUAGACAACGCCGCUGCUAAAGUCCUCGUUAACAUCUCUAAAGUGCAAGACGAUGAAGUUGGUGACGGUACUACAUCUGUUUGCGUUUUGGCUGCCGAACUUUUACGUGAAGCUGAGUAUUUAGUCAAUCAACAUAUUCACCCUCAAACCAUCAUUGAAGGCUAUCGCCUUGCUUCAGCAGCUGCGUACAAAACUUUAGAAAAUAGUGCAGUAGAUCACAGUGCCGAUAAAGAACUUUUCCGUCAGGACUUGAUCAAUAUCGCUAAAACCACCCUCAGUUCCAAAGUAUUAUCGCAAGAGAAAAACUAUUUUGCUGAACUAGCCGUAGAUGCUGUUCUUCGUUUAAAGGGAUCAACAAAUCUUGAAAAUAUACAAAUUAUCAAAAAGCCAGGAGGAAAGUUAAUGGAUUCUUAUUUAGAUGAAGGUUUUAUUUUGGAUAAAAAGAUCGGUGUUAACUGCCCAAAACGUAUUGAAAAUGCCAACAUAUUGAUUGCUAAUACAUCUAUGGAUACAGAUAAGAUUAAGAUUUUUGGUGCUCGUGUUCGCGUUGAUGCAACUGGUAAGCUUGCUGAACUCGAACGUGCCGAGCGUAACAAAAUGAAGGAAAAGGUGGAUAAGAUUAAAGCCCAUGGUAUCAAUUGUUUCGUCAAUCGACAACUUAUUUAUAAUUGGCCUGAACAAUUACUUGCUGAUGCUGGUAUCGCCUCCAUUGAACAUGCCGACUUUGAAGGUGUUGAACGAUUAGCUUUGGUCACAGGUGGUGAGAUUGCCUCUACAUUCGAUCACCCUGAACUUGUUAAAUUGGGUCACUGUGAUUUAAUCGAAGAAAUCAUGAUUGGCGAAGAUAAGCUUAUCAAAUUCUCUGGUGUGGCUGCUGGUGAAGCAUGCACGAUCGUGCUCCGUGGUGCUACACAACAAUUAUUAGAUGAAGCUGAAAGAUCUCUUCAUGAUGCUCUUUCUGUACUUUCACAAACCGUACGCGAACCCCGUACAGUACUUGGUGGUGGCUGCUCUGAGAUGUUGAUGUCUAAGGCUGUAGAUGAAGUUGCUGCUAAGACAGCGGGUAAACGUGCUAUUGCUGCAGAGGCUUUCUCUAAAGCACUUCGUCAAAUGCCUACUAUUUUGGCAGAUAAUGCUGGCUUUGAUUCUUCCGAGUUGGUAUCACAAUUAAGAGCUGCUCAUUACGAAAACAAGACAACAGCUGGUUUAGAUAUGGUAAAUGGACAAGUAGCUGAUGUGAAGGAACUAGGUAUUACUGAAUCAUUUAAAUUGAAAAAGCAAGUCCUUUUGUCUGCUUCUGAAGCUGCGGAAAUGAUUCUUAGAGUGGACAACAUUAUCAGAUGCGCCCCUCGUCAAAGACAAGGAUAAGGCAAUUUAAGAGAUAACCUGUUUAUGGUUGUGUAUAGCAAAAAAGGGAGAAAAAAACUGUCAGAAGUUUGUAUUUAUACUUCAAUCAAUAUCUUUCAAUAAAACUUUUUAUUCGAAAUAGA